UUAGUAUCUGUCAGUUCGUCUUUGAAGUAGGUCGUUGGUCCAAGUUUUAUGAAGAGAUUUGUUUGUUUAAUUUUUUUCCAUUUGUUUAUUGGCAGUUGUCAAAUGCUCAUUAAUAUUUAAUAAACAGCUUAUCUUAAAAUUUCCAAUAACAUUCUUAUCAAAUUAGCAAACGAUUAGAUUUGUAAAAAAUUAGCUUGAAUAUUAGAUUUUGUAUACAAAUCACACAAAGAGUGAAAGAAACUGCGACCUCCUAAUAAGAAAUUAAUACUUCGUGCAAUCACCAAUGGUGUUGAUAGUCGACUUAUUUCAUUUAUAGAAACAUAAUCGGCUCUUUUUCUUCUCAAUCUUUUGAAACGAAUAAAACAGCAAAUAUUUUAAUUUGUGUAAAUUAUUUGAACAAGAGUGCAGUACUGUGAACUCAAAGUGGCAGUGGUAUUUAGAAUUUUUAAUUACCUUUGUAAAAAAGGAACAGUUUAUCGCACAAUGUCUACGUUAACACAUGACGGUGAUCAACAAAAACCCAACAAUGGCAAUAUUCUUGAUGACAAAAGCAUUUUUCCAGAUUUCAAAUUUGGACCACUUACAAAUUAUAGAAACAAAGCGUCAUUUUGUCACAAACGCAUGAAUGUUGCAUUGGAGGGAGAAGAUUUUAUACGUUUUAAGCAUCGUAUGUGGAGGUAUAUGGAAUCUCAUCCAGAUUUCGAACAUGAAUUGGAAACACCUUCUUUAGAUCGCCAACGACAAUUGUCCAACAAACGAAAGGACCUCAUCUGGAGUCAGCAUUUUUACACUGUCAACGAUUUCAUCAGCAAUCCAAAACUUUCCUACGCCUUUACCGAAUCCAUGUUCAACUACGAUGUCAGCUUAGCUGUAAAGUACUCCUUGUCAAUAGGAAUGUUCUCCAGCGUGAUAUUAUCUCUGGGAACUGAUCGCUUGCACAAAUAUGCCGAAAUGAUCACAGAGGGAAAAAUUGGAGGUGCGUUUGCUUUGACUGAGUUCUCGCACGGUACAAAUGCUCGUGGGAUGCGAACUCAAGCUACUUAUGACCCAAAGACUGAGGAGUUCAUUUUAUAUACUCCUGAUUUUGAAGCAGCCAAAUGCUGGGUGGGAAAUCUCGGUAAGACAUGUACACACUCAAUUGUCUAUGCUCAGUUGUAUGUUCCUGAUGGAAGCUAUCAGGGUCUAAAUGCCUUUUUGGUGCCCAUUCGUGAUCCUAGUACGUUGUCAGCGUAUCCUGGAGUCACAGUAGGUGAUUUAGGUGAGAAGGUCGGGCUAAAUGGAGUUGAUAAUGGAUUUGUGAUGUUCCACAAUUAUCGUAUACCAAAAGAGAACCUCUUGUCCAGAACUGGAGACGUUGAUGCAGAUGGAAACUUUAAAAGCAAGAUUAAGGACAGUCGAAAGAGAUUAGGUGCUUCAUUAGGAGCACUUUCCGCAGGAAGGGUCAGCAUUUGCUCCAUUGCAUAUGUUGCUUUGUGCAAGGCAAUCACAAUAGCUGGUAGAUAUUCAGCUUGCCGAAAGCAAUUCGGGCCAGAUGGCUGUUCAGAAGAAUUGCCAGUGCUUGAAUACCAAUCCCAGCAGUACCGCAUUUUGCCACAUCUUGCAACUGCUUACGCCAUUAGAGUCUUCUCACUUUGGUUAGGAAAAGAAAGCGUUGAACUUCAGAUAAAAACUUUUAUGGGCGAGGAUGUAUCAAGCCAGGGCAUGGAACUGCAUGGUCUAUCAUCGGCUGCAAAACCUGUCUGUACGUGGGCUGUCCGUGAUGGUAUUCAAGAAUGUCGAGAGGCUUGUGGUGGACAUGGGUAUCUCAAAUGUACUGGAAUCGGUGAUUUGAGAAAUGACCACGAUGCUAACUGUACAUACGAGGGCGAGAAUAAUACUCUAAUUCAACAAGCUUCAAAUUGGCUGAUAUCAAUUCGUCGCGGUGAAAACAACUUUGAAGAAGCAUCACCAAUGGGAUCGGUUAGUUUUCUCAAGGACAUGGAUAAGAUUCUUAAGAGUCAAGCUGAGUUUCAAAGUGUCGAAGGGGCCUUAAAUGAAGACAGUCUUCUUCAUGCUCUUAACUGGUUGUGUGCCUUUCAACUAGAUCUCGCUGUAAAGAGAGUUGAAGAUCUUCAAAAAAGUGGUCAGAGUCCAUUUGAAGUUCGAAAUAACUCACAAGUAUUCAUAGCAAGCAAUUUAUCAAUAAUAUAUGCUCAGCGGACUAUUUUCUAUGUUUUCUACAAAUUUGUUCGUGAUUUGCCAGAAAGUUCUGAAAAGGAUGUUUUGAGAAAGGUACUAUCAUUUUAUGGAGCUAAUUUGGUGAUGAAGCAUUUAGCGUUACUCUAUCAGGGAAACUUCUUUAAAAACACGAAUCAGGCUGAAUUGUAUCAAAAAGGAAUUUUGGUUUUAUUGCCUGUUUUGAAAGAUGAAGCAAUUAGUUUGAUUGAUGCAAUUGCACCCACAGAUUUUUGUUUGAACUCACCACUGGGAUUGAGUGAUGGAAACAUUUACUUGAACUUACAAAAUUCAAUCAUGCAAGCACCAGAUGUGCUAGGACGUCCAAGUUGGUGGCGAGAAGUUACUCAUAAAGAAUUUUUGCAGUCUAAAAUUUGAAGAGAUUCAACAAGGGUGUGGGAUAAUAUUGGUAUAGCUACUUUUUCAAAAAUGAUUUGAAAUCCAGUUUUAAGCACAAUGUUUUGUUUUAAUAUUUUGUAAGUCGUUAUGCAAUGAAGUAAUAAAAUGUGUUUUUGUACUUGAGGUGGAAAGGAAGUAAAAAUCAA